GCAUAAAGAUGUCUUCCGGAGAGUGGGACCUGCGGGCGCUAAAGGCGCUCGAGGAAGAAGAGCAGCGCGAGUUCCUGGCACUCAGCCAGAAGAAUCUCUUCGACCCACUGCCCAAUCCCACCUCCGAGACGGCGGCAAGUGGAAAACCAACGCUCACCUACGCCCAGCUUCAUCCGCAUCUGCUAAAGCUACCAACGAUCGACGAAUGCCAACUGAUGGCCGUCAAGCAGCAGAGGUCAGCCGGCUUGCGAUUCAGUCGCGCCCUGUCCCUCUCCGCCCACUCACUUUCCUCGCGAACGGGAAGCGCCAAUGCUGGCGGAAGUGGACUUGGCUUUGGCCGGAAGCUGAAGGCCCGCUUGGUCGGAGCCAAGUCUAGUGGUUCCCUGUCACCCGGACGUCACUCGCACAGUUACAGUGUGUCCCCGGUAUACACGCCGCCGCCCAUGAGGCGCUGUGCCACAUUGCAUCACACGCAGCCGGUGCGCAAGGCCUUCAAAAAUCUCCAGCAGCUCCAGGAGCGUAAGCGGCAGGCGGCGGGCAAUCAUCUGCAAAGGAUCGCAGGCACUGGAAAGACCUACUGGAAGUACGGAGCAAACUCCACGGCUGCCUCAAUAGUGGGACAACGUGCCCGUCAAAAGCAACAGCUCGAACUGGAGUCCAACGGUUCGGACGAGGUCAACUCAGAGCCGCAGGAAGUCUCAGAGGCGGAGACUGGCUCCUGCAGUGUGCCACUGCCCUCGAAGGACACCAAUGAAAUCCUUCGCCUGAUGCUCAGUGCGGCCAGCUCGGCGGUAACUGUGACGCCCACGGCUGCGGCAGUUGGCAACGGAGCAACUGGUGGCGCUCUGUCCAUGCGGCGUUACCAGAACGUCAGCGAUGUCGAGGAGGAUGAAACUGUUGCGUACGAAGCUUUCCACCAGCAUCAUCAGCAGCAGCAGCAGUUAGACGCCAAAAGCUUCGAGCGGAGUGCUGCUCUCUUGCGAGUUGGCAGCUUAACAGCGCAAGAGAGCGAUAACAGUCCCCAAAACAGUCCCGGCCGCGAGAUGCAAUCCACAACGACCGGUAACAGGCGGAUGUUCAAGUCCUCCUCCUUGGACUGGCCCGGGGAAGCACAGCAGCAGCAGCAAACCCAACAUCAGCAGCAGCAACAUCAAAGCCUGCAGCAUCAACAUACCGCAAAUCAGCUCGAGUUGGUCGAGCCGCAGACAAAAGAGGCUCGUUACCGGCAGCGGGAACACUGGGACCUGGAGCACGUCCAUUUCCACCAGGACGGACUUGUACACUUGCCCACCGGCUCUACGGUUAUUGACGACGAACUGGAGCAGCAUAUCAAGCACUGUUCGUGCUCCUGCAAUCAUAUGGGCUACGGCAACUCAAUGGACUAUCAGGUAUGUUAAUAGAGCAAACUCUUCUCAACAAGUGGAUCUCCUUCUGGUCCGACAAGGAGCAAACAAUGACCAAAGACCGAAGAGCAAACUAACCUAAUGAAUUUAUGUACGAGGUACGAGGUGCAAGGUGCAAAACGCACAGGGCCGGGCAAAGGCUCUCUGUCUAACUGAAAGUACUUAAGCCCAUAAAAUAUU